GAACGAUAGAGUAAACUUAGGCCCACGUUUUAAUUCGAUCCAAUUUGGAUCCACUCUCCGGUUUCCGUGGGUAUUGGGCCCAGACCAGGAGCUGCCAUGGAUGCCUGCAAGCAAGAGCUUGAGCCAGUGCAGAUGGCGAAUGUCAAUCGAAGGAUUUCCUAUAAAGCGAAGGACCAGCUCGGCGUAGGACCGUCGAAUCUCCAACGUCAGUUUGUCGGUUCGAAUUCAUCAUGUGUAUCGCAGCGUUUCUAUGGCAAGCUCACCCGCUAUAUCCAUUCUUCCUUCUCCUCAACCGGGAUGAAUAUCGCACUAGGCCCACGAAGCCGCUUGAAUGGUGGGAAUGUGGCGAUAUUUUGGGCGGAAGAGAUGGGCUGGCCGGUGGUACCUGGCUGGCUUGCUCGAGAAAUGGCAGAGUUGCGUUCGUCACUAAUUUCAGGGAAGUUCAGUCGCUUCCUCAGGCUAAGAGCAGAGGAGAGCUCCCCGUUCGUUUCUUGAAGAGCAAGAAGGCUCCCCUCGACUUUGCCAAAGAAGUUGCAAAAGAAGCAGACCAGUACAAUGGUUUCAACUUGAUAGUAGCUGAAAUUUCCUCCAAAACCAUGUUUUAUAUCACCAACAGACCAACAAAUGACAGCCCCAGCCUCGUCACUGAGGUUUCCCCCGGCAUACAUGUCCUUACAAACGCACAACUCGACUCUCCAUGGCCCAAGGCGCAGCGGCUGGAUCAGAGUUUCAGAGAUCUUGUGGACAAAAAUGGCGACAGAGAACUUCCAACAGAAGAGAUGGUUGAGAAACUAAUGACGAACACAAUCAAAGAUGACGAGAGCUUGCUACCGGGCAUAUAUUCUCCCCGGAGGGAGUACCAAUAUAGUUCCAUAUUUGUUGAUACAGACACCGAACUGGGACGCUAUGGAACUGGAAGCAUUUCUGCUUUGUCUGUGAAGAACAGUGGGGAAGCUACCUUCUCUCAGAGGAAUCUGCAGAACGAUGAGUGGAUUGACAACAGUUUUACUUUUCAGAUUGAGAACAACUUCUAAAUCCUUAUCAAGGUGAGUUCACAGUGCCAUAAUCUUAAGUUUAUUUUUUUCUUUGAACAAAGAAUCGAAAGGAAAAAAGAAAACGAGUACAUCUUUAAAAUAACACUCAGCUCCGCGUAUUUUAUGUUUAAUCUCCCAAGAUUUCAAUUAAUUUAAAGAAGAUUGAUUGUUUUUUUUCAACUGUAGAACAAAACUAAAACCAAGACAAAUCAUGAUAUGACUAGGAGGAUAAUUUGACCAAAUAAUUUAAGAUUUUUAUUAUUAAUUUAGUGACUGAACAGAAACAAAAAAGAUAUUCCUCCGAAAAAAAAAAAAGAAACAAAAAAGAUAGAAAAAGCAUAUUGUACGUAGAGUACUACAAUACAAUAGUGUUUUAUUGUAAUCGCACAAUAGUUUCGUUUAAGCCACAGUUCAGAAACCAA